AGAGUGAUUAGAAGCAUUUAGGUUCAGAUGACUGGCUCAUAACAAAACAGCAGAACUGAGCAAAGACGGUGUAGGCCUAUACAUUUUGCAUACUUCAAAUUGCAUACUUCUACGGAAAGCAGUAGCAAUUGUAAAACUCUUGCAAGAAUUUUUGCUGCUACCAACGUUAGGUUUAGUAUUGCUGCUCAACACCAACUAAACACACUGUAUAAAUGUUGUGUAUGAAUCACAUUUUUGACUGUGCAAGGCCAUCUGAUCUCUUUCAGAGAGAAUUGAAAGGUUUUAUAUUUGAGAAAACCACCAAAGUGCAAUUUAGAUGCAGUUCAUUCAGUUGUUAUCCUCUGAUUCUUAUGUUCCGAUUAACAUUUUAAAAUAGAAUCUCAUUAGCAUGUUGUUUUGAUGAUCAUCAAAAUCUAUCCCACUAGAGACCUAGUAAGACCAGACUAGUGAGAUUUUUAAAAGCAUGCACUCAUGUGCGCCCUCAAACAUUCGUCUACAUGUCAGCAAUGGCUCUGUUCUUUCUCUUAUAACUGUAUUUGCAGAUACUCUCACUCAUGAAUAUUUCUCAGAGUAGUGCGGGUCUUGGCACCGUGCUGCCUCUAACUAGUUUCGAGAACGUUCUUUUGUUUCUCUUCAAUGUAAUCCUCGCCACAGCCAUCAUUUUCCUCAACGUGUCCGUGUUUCUGUCCAUCGUGAUGAACAGAUCCCUGCGCAGCGAGAACCGCUUCAUGUACAUGCUCAGCACGUGUCUCAGUGACAUCUGCUCGGGCGUCUCGUAUUAUUAUGUUGGAGUUCUGGAUGUACGCGAUUAUUUUGGAUCGCCGACAGGCACUUUCUAUAUAGUUCCCACUUUUCUGGGUCUGUCCUAUAUGGCGAUUCUGGCCGCGCAGGCGGACCGUUACCACGCGGUCUCAGCGCCUUUCAAAUACUCGCAGCGCAUGACCCGAAACAGAACCCUGCUGGUGAUUCUGGCCUACUGGCUUUAUGCUUUUUUGUUUGUGGCUGUUAAUAAUUUGGUGACUACGGGGAUCGCUUGGCAAGUGAUGGGCUUGGGUACUUUUGUUUCGAACCUUUUCACCGUCAUUAUCAUGAUUGGUUUGAACGUCAGGCUGUUUUUCAUUGCCAAAUUUCAGCUAGAGCGCGAACCGCCGAGCGCGGAACGGGACAACAAGCGCGCGUCCAUUUACCUCAUCAUAAUAGUGGCUGUAUGUUUUUUGAUCGCAUGGUUGCCAAUUUUUCUUCAUGUUAUUGCGUGUAAUUUCGCGGGGUUCCCCUGCUAUACGUCCAGAAAUGAGGGUUCAGACCCGCUCCGCAUUCUGCCACGGGUAAAUGCAGUUCUGACUCCCUUAUUGUAUAUCAGGGGCUGUUCUGCACUAAGGAGCACCCUACUAAGUAAAGUCUGGAGAACACAAUGCUGCAAGAGGAAAAGUGUGAACCCUCUGUCAGUGGUGAAGAAGAAUGAAGCGGUCAACUUCAAGAUGUAAUCUUAGCUUAUAGGCAAGAAAGGAAAAGAGUUUAAAAGAUCAAGUGCCACCUGAAAAUUUCACUUUACAUUUGCUUCUGGCUGUUAUCUUGUUUCUGAAAUCAUAAUAAAGUCAUAUUUUUAUUAUCACAAGAUAUCACCAAUAUCACUGAUGAUGGCAGGGGUGUGGGUGCAGUAUGGAAAACUUGAAAUUGUUAAUAUCUUUAUCAAUAUUCCUUGGGUAUUUUUUACGCCUCCUUCACAUGGCUUUAAUAUGCAAUAUUCCACAUGAGAUAGAAAUAAAAAAAAAUUAUUUUACAUACAUCUUUGCUAGAUUUAAUAGUCUGAAAAAUGUAACUCUUACUGCUAUCAGAAUAAUUUAUCAAUAAAUUCCACAUGGCCUUGUGGUCCAUACAUUGUAUUAUUUUGACUUGAAUGUUUCAUCUUUAAAGAAAAA